AUGACUGCAGACGCGCUUUCUUCUACACAGGAGAAUGCGGCAGCCACUCCCGCCACACUUGCUCCUGUAGCAGCUGUAGCAGCCUCUCCCGCUGCACCUGUUACAGGCACACCCGCUGCAGGAACACGCGUUGAGACACAGGAAGCAGAGGGAAGGCACAAGAGGCUGAAGGGCCAAAUAGGAGAUGGGCAAGGGAGAGAGGGGCAAGGGAGAGAGGGGCAAGGGAGAGAGGAGCAAGCAGGAGCGAGGCAAGGGAUUUUUGGUCAGGGAGAGGACGGUAAAGGCAGAGAUGGUGGAGAGAGAAGCAGGGGUCCGUUUGGGGCUGAUGGGCCGUCCAUGGAAGCACUGAUGCAGGAGCUGGGGUUUGGAGAAUUUAUUUCUGCCCCGGUCAGCAGUGUCGGGGGAAAGGAAGGGCAGAUGGGCAGGGGAGGAGGGAGGGGAAGGGGACGUGGGAGAGGGAAGGACAGGGGAGUGGUGAUGGUGAUGGGGAUGGUGAUUGGGGAUAGGGCGGCUGAAGGGUUAGAGGGGGCAGUGGAGACACAGGGGGUGUUUGGCAGUGGGGAGGCAUGGGGAGGGGAGGGGGUGGCUGGUUGGGGCGAUUGGGAGGGGUUUGGGGGAGAUGAUGGGGAUGGGGGGCGAGAGGAAGGGGUGGGACGGAGGGAGGAUGGCAGGAGGGAAGAUGGGGAGGAGGGGGAGACGGGUGGUGAGGGGGAUAGAGAGGAGAGCGAGGAGGUUGAAGGGGGAAACGAUGAGAUGGAGGAGGGAGAGAGGGGGGUGGAGGCGGAUGGUGAGGGGUGGGGAGUUUAUAGGGAAGAGGGAGAAGAAGGGGAGGAAUUGGAGGAGAAGAGGGAAGAGGGAGAAGAAGGGGAGGAAGUGGAGGAGAAAAGGGAAGAGGGAGAAGAAGGGGAGGAAAUGGAGGAGGGGGAAGAGGGAGAAGAAAAAGAGAGGGAAGAAGGAGAAGAAGGGGAGGAGCGGGAAGAGGAUUCAAAGGAGAGGAAGGCCCGGGAAGAAUCAGGGCCGUUCAACACUGGGACUAGAGAGAAAAAAGAGAGGAAACUGGCAGGCAUCGGUGCUGCUGCAAGGAUGGUGGGAGUUGAUGAUCAGGCUGUGAACAGGCCGAGUGUUGGGGGGAGUGGAGCACCGAGUAACGAUGAAGGGUUGAUGCAUGGAGGGGUGGUGUUGAAAUCACGGCCUCAAGUUGCAGCUGCAGGGAAGUUACUUCUUGAGAAGAACGCAUCGGUGAAUGCAGGUGGUAAGAAAAGCAAUGUUGGAAAGGUGAAGCAGCAGAAAGCAGCUAUAGGAGCUGGUUUGAAUGCUAGGGGUGCGGCGUUAGACCAGAAGGGGCGCGACUCUCAAGGGGGAUCGUACAAAAAGGUGAAGAAAAGAGCAGAUAAGAAGGCAUCAGUUCUGAACGACCUGUUAUCACUUCCUCCUCCCACAUCUACACUUCCCCCUCCUCACUUCUUCUCGUCUCUCCACCUCCCCUCUUCCCCUCUCUGCCAUUCUCCCUCAUUCUCCUACUACUCUCCCUUCAACCUCUCCUCUUUCCGCUUCACCCCCUCUCUUCUCCCCUUCAUCCCCUCUCUCCCUCUCCCCUUUCCAGUGCGACGCACCAGGUACGGACUCCAUCCCUGUCUGCACCGAGCCUAA